AAGGAUGGCCAAGUUGUUCGGUGUUGCAAUUGUUGCAGAAAAAAAACGAAAAGAAAUUUUAGUACUACGGAUUACAGUAGAAAGUGGCUACGGAAAUUGUAACUUUCUCGCUCUUGGGAGACGAACAUAAAAGCAUUGAUGGAAUGGCCGAAGUAUAACUCUAUGUUGUGUAACCACUGUAACCUUUCGUUGGUCUCUCUCUUCUGCUCUGCUCUCCGUUGUGGGAGAAGAAAUCAGCAAUAAUUUGAUCCUUUUUCCUUGCAUGUCUCCUUUUCUGUUGAUCAUUUUAGUGUUAAGUCAAAUGAUCACCUCUUUUUUUCUGUUUGAGGCCUGAGCGAUGUCUGCAUGUCUGAAUAUAUAUAGGCAGCUCAAUUAUGGGAGAUAGGGAAUGAUCAGAGGAAGCAAAUGGUUCUUGAUACCUUGGUUGAUAAUCUCAAGAUGACAUUAUUCAGCAAAUUAGCAAAUAUUGCAUCUUGUGUUUCCUCUGCUUCUUGCUUUCAUCGUUGGUUCUUUUGAGAUCACUUUCAGACAUCAGCUAGCAAGCAUGGUGGAGCUGAUAAAAGUGCCGAAGAUAGAGCAAGAAGAGGGCAAUGCUGACAGCCAUGGAAAAGAGAAAGCUGACGUCGUCCAUGAGGAGAAAACCGAGAAGGUGAAGAGGAGGAGGAAGAGGGUCAGUGACCCUCAGAGGAAGAAAGCCUGCGUGGAUUGCACGAAGAGAUGCAUCCGAAUUCAUGGCAUGGCUUCUUCCUCCUCCGAGAAGGCUAGGCCGACCCCGACGCUGCCGUCCUUCUUCAAGAUCAUGGUCGGUUACUUCUCCGAGAACAUGGAUAUACCACUCCCAUUUGCCAGGACAAUCACUGACAUGACAGGCUCCAAUGUAUAUCUUGAAGAUGCAUAUGGACUUCGCUGGCGAGUGCGGCUGUAUCUGCACGACGAUGUUCUGUCAUUUGGCCAUGGGUGGAAGAACUUUGUGCUCGAUCACGACAUCAGCGUCGGCGAGUUCCUGGUGUUCAGGCAGAUCGCCAGGUCAGUCUUCACCGUGCAAAUAUUCGCAAUUUCAGCUUGCGAAAGGAUCCAUCUCUGUGAAAGGAACAAGAGGCAGAGCCGGAAGAGGAAGCCCGGGCGAAAAACAGGCUAUCCUGCUAACAAUCAAAUGGUGAAAGUAAGCAGCAAAGAUGUGGUUAAACGUCGAAAGAAACAACGCACCGAUGAACAGAUAUAUGAUCUGGACCCCAGGCAACAUGACAUGCCUGUUCGUGUCUGCAUCGACUCUGGUUCUGAGCAAAGAUGUUCAGAAUCUUCAGUGAAAGAACUGGAUGCUGCUCCUGAUAAAUCACAUGCAGUUGUUCAGGUCCCUGCAACAGAGUGCAAUGCUGAUCCCAGUUACAAUGCAGCUGGAAUGAAGACAAUAAAAAAUUUGGAAGCUAUUGGUGCAUCUUCUAGCACAAAAGACGUGACAUGGGAUGCAAAUAAAUCUGAAGAUUACCCAAGUUUUAGUUAUCCUGAAUCAAGCAAUGUGAUGACUGCUGAUAAAGAAUCAGAACGCUCACACCAAGAUAGGCCAAUGCAACUUUACUGCGAGUUAGGGCUAGAAGACGGGAAUGCUGAAACUGAGAACUGCGAGAACUCCAAUGUGCUAGAGAAUGCAGAAUUAAGAACACCUUUGGCUAUGAUGGAUCUUAAUGAAGUGGGUAUAGAUGACAUAUUUCUGUCAGCUGAUAUAUACGAAUUUGAUAGUGAUUUUUGUAGUCCAGAAGCAUUUUCUGUUGACGUGAACACCGAAGGGCUAGUUUCCAAUGGCCGAACUCCAGGUGAUUGUUUUGGAGUGCCUGAGACAUCAAGAUGUUUGGAAAAUAAACAGAUGACUGAUGUACCAAGAACAAGUACAGAUGAUGGCAGCAUUGCUGUACAUGGCAUAGACAUCAACGCAUUGCCCAGUAACACUUACCCUGACAUUGGACAGGGCAACACUUACCCUGACAUUGAUGCAGCUCCAGACGAUUGCAAGAAGGAUAAAGAUGUUUUGCAUUCUGAGUGCAACAAAGUUGCUCAAAAAGCCCAUUCUUCUGUGAAGCAAGAUAUCACUAAAGAUGGUCCACGGCAGAUUGCUGCAGAAAUUAUGUCAAGCGAUCCAAAGACUUGUGAACUUACUUACGUCAGAAAAAAUAGCGUGCAACCUGGUAUUUCUUCCGUUUCACAAUGGAACAAUAGCAAAGGACAGGAAAGUGGAGGCACAAAGUCAUGUGUAGUUCUUGCAGUUGCAGCAAAUAGCAAGAAAUUUUGCAUAACCAUACCUCCACCAGACCAAACAUGGCUUGAGCUUCCAAGACGACUGCCAGUUCUUCCAAGAACAAAGAAACAAGCGAGGAAGAUAUUAAUACUCAAGGAUCCAUCCAUGAGACUCUGGCCUGUGCUGUACCAAUGCACCCCAAAAUUCAACGGUUUCAUCGCUGGAUGGGCUGACAUAAGUAGGGAGAACAACCUGCGUGAAGGCGACACCUGCGAGUUUGAACUUUGCAGUAACUCUGAACUAUCAUUCCAGGUGCUUGUGCCCAAUUUGCAGUAGCCACCAUUUCACUUGCCCUUUGUUUCAUAUCCGUGUAACGAUGUAGAAUCAAAAUGGUGUAGACUUAUUCCUUGUAAAAAUGGAUCUGAGCAACGAAUCUCCUGAAUUACCCGAGUUAA